AUGCGAUUGACGGUAAUUUGGACCGCGCUGAUUCGGCCGGGUCGUGUGGAUUUGCAUGUUCGUUUUGAGCUGCCGUCUCGUGGGGAGCUACGGAGUCUCUUUUUGAGUAUCUACUGUGAUGUGGUUCGGAGUGCGGAAAUCCCUGUCGAGCAGGAGAAAGAGAAGAAAGACAUGGGAAAACUGGAGAACCUGGCGGAUCAAUUCGCGGAGAACCUGCCAGAAAGACGGUUCAGCAUUGCGGAUGUACAGGGUUUCCUGUGGUGCUACAAGUGGCAGCCGGAGGAGGCGUGUGUCAAUGUUGAAGACUGGGUCAAGGAGAUGGAAAUAGAGGACUGA